AUGUACGCAUACGUGCGAUACAUAGAGGACGAGGUGAAGGCAAUUUUGCCCGUGUCUCUCAUCAGGAGUUUUAACCCCAAAAGUUGUGAAGAUUAUGACAGAUCAACCGUCAGAAAGGCGUUCUGGCGAUCGAAGAACGGCGACGUCAUGAACUAUUACGAUGCCAAGGUUCUACUGCUUGGAAAAUGCAAGAAUGACCUCAUAGUGGAGAUGGCAAGUAAGAGGAUGGCUAUUCCUGAUAUCAUAGAAAGUUCGACUACAAAUGACGAAGUGGUUGCAGAGAUGCCUUCGAAGGACCCCAAGCUUCAAAGGGAGAACAAAAAAGAAGCACAAAAGAGACAGCUGAAGGAAUUAGUGAAGAAAAGGCAGACCCUGAAAGACUCGUCUGAAAGCAGUGAUGAACACAACGAUCUUGUACCAAGGAAGAAGCUGCUUCUCGAGAAGGAGAAGAGGAAACAGUUGGAAGAAGACAACAGAGCUCUCAGAAAGGAACUUGAUGCAGAGCGAAAGCUCUGCAGGAAGCUCCAAGAGGCACUGCUGGAAAAGCGUGAUGUGUCAUAUUCGACCGUGCUUACUGCAGGCACCUCGUCUGGUAGUUGUCUCAUGUGCUACCUACACUACUGUAUGCAUGAGAUGCUGCUCAAUUAUUUCUUUCAGUAG